AUGACAGGACUAAUUCCACUGCUCCAAGACAACUUUGCUGCAAUAAAGAUAUUGUUAAAUAUCGUUCACGGCCGGACAAGGAGAGUUCCACGGCAGGUGGAUAUGCCGGUCCUCAAACAGGUUGUUGGCCUGAUAGACAAAUAUGAGUUUCAUGAGGCUGCUGAGGUGUUCACGGAUAUGUGGUUCGACUUCCUUCAACCUACGAUACUCAAGUGUCAGCGUCAGAACUUGACAUCUGGAAUUCUUAUCUGCUCAGUGCUCAGAAGGCCUUCGGAGUAUGUUAGCUUGACUAGAAGAGCCAUCUGGGAAACCGAUUGCGAAUUUGGAGAUGAUGAUGAUGGUCUGGUACCCUACUGGAUCAUUCAGGAUAUUAAAUCUCGUCGGCAAGCUGUCUUGGGAGAGGUGGUUGACACGCUUUCCAAAUUGCUUGGCCGCUACAACGGCACGCAGCGAGUGUGCCAUCAAGAUCCAAACUGUGACCCGCUUGCGCUCGGGAAACUCAUCACGGGUUUGACAAAGAUUGGUCUUCAUCCGAUUCCGGAGUCUUCUACCAUCAAGUCGUCGAUCAAAGCUCUUUUCUCGUCGAUUCGUUCCAUUGAGCUUUCACCGCUGUGUGACUGCUAUCCUAGCAAUACCAGGCGCAAGUCGUACUCAUGGGAUCAGGAUGCGGGCAACGCGCAUAUGGAUAAAGAGUUGAAGAGUUCACUCUGUAAAACCGAACAAGACAUUGAUGGAUUAGAACUGCGGCUGGAUGCUUAG